AUGUCUGAAUCCGUUACUCUGGUAGGUGCCCCAUUCUCCACCUUUACUCGUACCAUGCGUAUGGCCAUGCAUUAUCUGAACGUAGAGUACACAUUGCUGGAGACUACACCUCACACUAAGAUUGCCUACAAGUACAAUCCUUUUGGACGUAUCCCAUCUUUGAUACAUAAGGAUCUAGUAGUCUUUGAAACACCUGCUAUUCGCGAUUACAUUGACACCACUAUCAACAACGCCCUCACUCCUCAAGACUUGAACACAAGACUCAAGAUGGACCAACUCAUCAGCGUAUUGUGCGAUUACAUUUUCCAUCACAUUGUGUUUGGUGUCGCUAAACCCCGUAUGAGUUACGAAGCCCAAGGAAAGUCUGAGUCCGAGAUCACUGAGCUCUUAAAGAAGCCGCUAAAGCAAGCAGGCAAGAUCAUUGGCGCAGUGGAUGGUAUGGUGGAUGAAAAUGGACCCUUUUUGUGUGGCCAAAACAUAACCUGGGCCGACUAUUUUGUCUAUCCUGCCAUUGCCGAUUUAUUCUCGAUCCCUGAAAAGGCCUUUCUUCAAGAGAGAGCACCAAGAUUGACUAAAUGGUACAAGCAAUUCAAAGAACGUGAAGAGGUUGUUCACACCUACCCUGAUACUGUUGCUGAUCAAAGAAAGAAAUCAAAUUUGUAA